AUGACUCUGCUCAGACAGCAUGGGAACCCAGGAUUCUUCCCACCUACGACCUGCCUUCCAGCCACGCGAGAGCACUGUCCCCACUGUAGGCUUCAGACAGGCAUGCAAGGUGCCUUUGAAAAACCCCAGGGCACUGUGGCCAGGGUUCGCAUUGGCCAAGUCAUCACGUUCAUCCACACCAAGCUGCAGGACAAGGAGCAUGUGAUUGGGGCCCUACGUAGGGCCAUGUUCAAGUUCCCUGGCCUCCAGAAGAUCCAUACCUCAAAGAAGUGGAGUUUUACCAAGUUCAAUGCAGAUGAAUUUGAAGAUGUGGUGGCUGAGCAACAGCUCAUCCCAGAUGUCUAUAGAGUCAAACACAUCCCCAGUCAUGGCCCUGAAGAAGUGGCAAGCCCUAUGCUCAUGAGGGCUUCCACUGUGCUGCCCCCAAUAAAUUAUGCCCACCAAUAAAUAUACUCUUCCUGUCCACUUAAAAAAAGAAAACUGUAUUCUUCCUUGAC